CCGUCAACAAGAUAGAGGGAGGGAACAAAAUACUAGGGUUGCCAGCUAGCGUUCCCCAGUCUUUGCCCGAACUCCGUGGUUGACGCGUCUCUCUCACUCUCUGCCUCACUCUACUCAACCAGCAACACGCUCAGGAUUAGCUGUGGAUCUCUCUAGUGGUAUGUCUGAACACACUCCCUAGUGCCGCACACUCCGGCAUCCAGAAGACCUGACCUUGAAUGGAUAGGAGUUGGCUUACAAGUGAGGAUACACUGUUGAUGAAGGCAAAGUGUUUCUCGCGGUGAAGUUCUCCUGUGGGUAAAGAUCUACGGCCAAAACAUCCCGCAAGCCAAGAUAUCCUGAAUGGGGAAGUACUGUUGAGAACUUUUAUGUCACCUAAGGAAUCCCUACGCCACCCACGUCACACCUGAAUACCUCCUAUACCACCUACGUCACACCUGAGGAACCCCAAUAGUCGCCCUUACUUUGCCGGGUGACCUGCAGAGCUUCGACAGAAUAACCUCGUAGUAGGGGCUUCAUCAUGAGUAUGAGAUUUUACCACAUGGUGGGGGCGUGGGUACUGGCGUGGGCAGCGCUACUGGUGGUGUCACAGCGGUCAUGGGCGGUGUCCUGUCUGGCGUUAGGUCUCAUGGCUGCACACAUAGCAGACUGGGUUAUGAAGGCAGCCAAGAACGCCAUGAGAAGGACGUGCAUCGACCCCACUGGAAAAGCCAUCUUCAUCACGGGCUGUGACACCGGGUUCGGUCGACUCCUUGCGGUCAGGCUCGACAAGAUGGGUUUUAAGGUAUACGCGGGCUGUCUGCUGCCGAAUGGUGAAGGCGCUUGCUUGCUGCAGCAGGAGGCAUCGGCGAAGCUUAAGGUGUUGAGCGUGGACGUGACCAAGGACGACGAGGUGCGAGCAGCUUACAAAACCAUCGAGAACGACCUUGGCGAGGACCUGAGUCUGUGGGCGGUAGUCAACAACGCAGGUAUCGCGGCCUUCACAGAGAUAGAGUGGUGUCCUAUCUCUGAGUUCCGCCGUGUCUACGAGGUCAACUCCCUGGGUCCCAUCCGCGUCACCAAGGAAUUCAUGCCCCUCCUCCGUGAGUCCAAGGGCAGGGUCGUCCUCGUCGCUUCCCUCGCUGGUCGCUACACUUUCCCCGGGUUCACCGCCUACAGCAUGAGUAAGCACGCCACCGUCUCCUUCGCCGACGGCCUUAGACUGGAGAUGCAGAAGUGGGGAAUCUCUGUCCACACCGUCGAACCCACGCUUUACAGGACUCCCAUCAGCCAGGAGGGUCCCAUACACAACGCCCUCGACAGGUUCUGGCACCAGUGUUCUGAGGAUGUGAGAAAGUCCUACGGCGACGAGUACAUCAAGGACUUCAAGACAACCAUCUCCAGCCACCUGAACAGAGCCAAGCCCUCAGAGAAGAUCAAGGAGGUCAUAGACGACAUGGUGGACGCGGUGGCCGGCGACGACCCCAAGAUCCGUUAUGUACCCAGCGUCAUCACACAGAUCAGAGCCAAACUUCUCUCUUCUCUUCCUGACAACCUAAGGGAUCACUUCUUCCUCAGCAGCCAACCCCAGACACCACCAGCCUACGUCACAGAACUGAGGAAGAAGAAGAAGCCUAGAUUAAUGGAUCCACGAACCAUCAGGCCAGGUGACCAAGGCCGUGGUAAGAGGCUAGUCAGAAUGUUCUCCAUGCCAAACUGGACCAAGAAUGAGAUGACCCCUUCACCUGUCAAGGAAAACGAGCCUAUGUUCAAGUUCUAAGUGGGAGAUUUUGAAUUCUGAAGUUUUCUAAUUGAGUUGGAAGGCUUCAAGUUCGUUCAAGUUUAAGGGCCUCAAGUUUCUGCUCAAGGGCUUCAAAUUCAAGUUCAAGUUCUGUGAUUUGGGGCAAACAGAUAAAAACCCUCUAUCAAAACAAAAGCUGGAACAAGAUCGAUGUUCCAAGUUCAAGUUCUUAAGUUUUGGUCGUACAGAUAAUAUCCAAUACCAUGAGAAAAAAAACUUUAACUUCUAAGUUUUAGGCCGAACUAUGGAUAUCUGUAGAUAAUUUAAAAGUUCAAAUUCAUCUGUUUUUAUCGAGUGAUAGUGACAGUGUCUAGACCCCCAAGUUCUAAUUACAUUCUAUCCUGUGUUGUUGUUCCAUUCAAGGUCAUUUUCGGUCUAAUAGAGUGAUGUCAUGCAAGUAUCAGUUUUAUUCAGUGUUGGCGGCCGUAUCUAGGCUUAUAUAUUGUUCUAAGAUCACGUGUGCAUUAUUAACGGGUGCCAUUUAUAUAUAAGAAAACAAAAUGACUGCAAUUUCUACGUCGUAUUUUUUUUAGUGCUGACAAUUACACCUUAGUGGAAUAAGUUCAAAUUCUAAAUGACAUCAGUGAACUUUUUUUUUCAUGUGGUGUCUUUUUGAAUAUGAGAACACAAAAAGUUUAAUCCAGUGGAAUUUUUUUUUUACAACUAACUGUACCUGCUACGUCAGACCAUAUAUUCCCUUUACCAGUGGUAGCUCAUUGUGUGUUCAGCUGCACUAGAAAACAUGAAUGAAAUAUCCCCAGAGAGAAAAAUUGUAUCAUAAACUUCAUGACCAGUUUAAGUACACACGUUAUAUCAGGGAGUCAUAGAGCCUUCAAGUGGGAACAAGAUACGUCGUCGUCUUGUUUACUUGUAUAGCUAUGAACUGUUGUACCAGAGCAAACAUAUCGGAGAUGCUUACCAGGACACUUACUAGAGAGUCCAAAUUUUCAAAGAUUCGUAAGAUACAAACUUUAAACACAACAAAUACUUCACAAGAAAUAACCUUAGUGGUUUCAUCAACGAUAACUUAACUAGAUACGUUUAACAUCACACCUUAACUGGAGCUAAAAUGAAUCAAGUUAAGUUUAUCUCUUACAUUAACUGAUGCUAGUAUAUUUGUUUGUUUUUUAUUCAUUCUGGUUUCAAUUAACUUUGAUUAUAUUCUUUGUGAAGGGAAAUAAAAACGGUAAAUAUACAGAGAUGUGUGAAACAAAUAAGUGCGCUUUUCGAUCUUCACUUAGUAGGAAAAGUUAUCGUAUACAUCUUUGAGAAUCUGGCCCCAGGGACCUUCUUCGUUAUGAUCUCACACGCACGACCUGGUUAAGGUGUCUGUGUGUCUUAUUACCUGAACUGUGGCUGUUUGUGUAGUGUUCUAUGUCUGUAUAACUCUCUGUUUGUAUGUACAGUGAUGUGUGUCUGUGUACAUUGGUGUGUGUGGGUGUACAGUGAUGUGUGUGUGUGUGUUUGUCUACGUACAAUGGUUAUGUACAGUGUUCUUUGUAUAGUGAGACGGGUCUGUAUAUUACCUUCACUAUACCAUACGUGUGUCUGUAUAGUGUACUUAAAAGCACAACAACGUGUACCUGUACAGUGACCGUGAUUUAUGUUGUAUAUAAAUGUACAAUAAUUUAAGCUUUCAAUUUAUCAACCUUUGUUAAUAAAACUACCUACAAGUACAUGUCUUAAAAAAUACUAAACCCAGCUAAAGAGAGUUAAUUGUAACUAUUAACUAAACAAGGGAGGUUAAUUUUACAAGUAACAAUUAAGAAUCCGAAUAUGUACAUGAACUUAGUAAAUCAACUCUCAUAUCAAUAGGACAUAUACUAUAAACCUCAGACAUGUUAUUUUGUGGACAUCAGUUCAACUUUAAAAAUACAUUCCUGUUUUCUAGUCUAAUAUUGAAGUAAACUGGACCAAUAUAUUUCAUCUUUAUAUACACAAUAUACACAAUAAUUUCAAACCAUUCAGGUAUACAUACUCGGAAUCCCAUUUUCUGUAUAUAUGUAUGUAUUCAAAGGGACCAAAUUAUCCUCACAUUAAUUCCAGUUGGCAGUGUAUUACCGGGAAAAUUGCUCCAGGGUUAAUUACACCUUACCUGGCUUACAAAAAAUGACUAAUGAAUAUGAGUGUUUGGUGUACGUACCUGUAUUGUGUGUUGAUGGUGUUUGAUGACGAGAGGAAUAAGUUAUCGUGAUUCCGGUAAGGAGCAAACAUUACAGGGUAUAAUGUUAUGAAUAAAAUAUUAUUUCUUAA